AUGGAAACGAGACCGUUGCCACUGGGAAUAACCAUUGAUCUUCCUAGGAGGACUUUGGAGCCAAAGCGGCAGUCAGGAGACGAAAAAAUAGAAGUUCCCAGCCAUUUCCGAUCCUAUUCUGCUUCGGCAUUAGGAAGAAUCAAUUGCGUUCAAGAGGUUGACUUGCAAACUCAACAUGGAUCCGUAGAUCUGCAAAAUUAUCCAGUCCCAGGAACCCUUGAAAUUCUGGCCCGUGAUGAAAGACGUUCCAAAGUGGAUACCUGGCCCCCUAGUACAGUUUCCCCUCUAAGGCCACUGAAGAAGACCAACUUACAAGAUGUUCAUCCAACGCUGAACCAGUUGCUCUCUCAGGAAUCGGAUAAAAUUAUUGAACCUACAGAUCUAUAUCCUAAGAAAUCGCUUAAAGUCAUAAGAUCCAAUGGUAACUUCCGAUCUGUGCCAAAACAUUCACAAACUGUAGAAUUCCCUUACAAUGACUUUUACAGGCAGCCUUCUACAGUUGUGAAGUCAGACUCUUCGUCUAGUUUUGAAAUAGAUACUGCUUCUCCAACUGAUGAUUACUGUGAUGAAAGCCCGUUUCCUCACCUCGAAUACUCGAUCAUCAGCCCUCAUGAGCCACCAUAUGAACCAAUCACUCUUGCUCAAGAGAUAUCUAUAAGAAAGGAAGUGGCUAGUCGCCAGCACAACUUGCUACCCACAGGUGACUACUUGCAAGAAUACAUGGAAGAUAGGCUCGUGAGAUGGAGACCCAGUGAUUCACAGCACAACAACGAAUUAUCAAUAAAUGGUAAUCAUGUCUACCAACAAGAUGUAAGUUUGCAGAGAGCUCAAUCCAGAGGGAUGUUUUCCAAUUUUGGAACUUGGUUCUCAAGGAUGUACAAAGAAACUCCUCCGCCACCGACAGAACAACCGGCUCCAAAUACAGAGGAAACCAGUUCUUUACAACAAUCUCCGGUUGAACUACGUCUUGUACAGAGAUCGGCAGAUAUUCCUGACUACCGAGACAUUCUUUCCAACGUACAAUUCAAACCAAACAGUUCCAUUUCUUGUCUUCCGAAGACAACCACAAAAAUGAGAGACAACCAUUCACAUAUAACAAUAGUAGUUAACGAACCUACAGCAGCAGAAAUACCAUUGUAUACUCCAAACGGGAUGCCGUUGAAACAAUACCUUCUAGACUUCGAGAAGGAAGACAGCCACAAUGAAUCAAGGGGAGAUUCCAAUGCCAUCUUCAACUCGUUGGAUCAAGAGGUCCGAGAGUUGAUUCUGGGAGUGGACAACUUCAUCCUUGACUUCUUUAGCCAAUCAUGGCAAUGUAUUACAAACGUUGUGUCCGGAUGUCUGUUUUAG